AAAAAAAUUGUGCCCUUACACUAUUAAAGUAUUAAGUAUAAAUAAUAAUAAUAAUAUUAAAUUUGAUCUGUAUUCUGUUUUCGGUUAUUCGAUAAUCAAUAAUUGAUACUAUUAACUUAUAAGUCUUACGUAUUCAAUCAAUUUUUUAAUCAAUAUUUUUUCGGCAAAAUAUUUCAUCCCGUCCUCUGAGGAUUUUACACGGUUGCGAACGCAUAGUCGAUAUUUUUAGUGGAUUGUGAAGCUCAGUAAAUAAUAAUCACCAAUCUCGGAUAAGAAAUGGCUAGAGGUAACGCUAGAGAUCUUGCGCGUGAAAAAAAUCAGAAGAAACAACUAGAACAAGCUAAAAAAAAGGGGAUUUCUGACAAGGGUUCAAAUCAGGGAUUGACACUGGAACAAAGAAAACAAAGAGAUGCCGAUAGRAUGAGAGAAAAACAACUAAAAAAACAAGAAGAUAAAUGAACUGUAUAAUGGAUAUUUGUGUCACGGAUGUACUUUUUAAUUCUAAGCUCAAAAUAAAUUCAGUUUUAUAUUAUGUUACAUUAUAAUCAUCUUUAAAUUUAUAGACUGCUUUUAGUCCAAUUAUCUUUAUCCUUGCAAAGYAUAAACAUGAUAUUCUUUUAUAAAUCACUUGUAUUCUUUUUAAGUAUCUUUGUUGCAUUAUAUAAUUGAGGAUUAUCUUGUACUCUAAUUAUUAAGUAACAAUUUUAAUAAUUACUGUUGAGAUAUGAAAUAAACUUUAGACAUUGAAAUUUAA